AUGGUCCAAGCAAUUCCAGCCUAUGCGAUGGUGUGCUUUGUUUUCCCCAAAAAAUUCUACACAAAGCUAAACUCCCAUAUCAGCAACUUCUGGUGGGGUGGUGAUCUGGAAGGCAAAGGGGUUCACUGGACCAAUUGGGGGCUGUUGAGCAUGUCAAAAUUAGAAGGAGGUUUGGGCUUUCGAGAUUUUCACAAGUUUAACUUGGCUUUAUUAGCUCGCCAAGGUUGGCGAUUGGUGAAAUACCCACAAUCCUUUUGUGCGCGUAUUCUGAAAGGAAUCUAUUUCGCGCACUCUAAUUUUAUGGAAGCCUCAAAAGGCCAGAGGGCAUUUUGGGCUUGGGCGAGUAUUUUACAAGGCAGGGAUCUUUUACUGCAAGGUAUUCGCUGGCAAGUCAAUAGUGGGACCGAGGCAAAAUUUUGGGAGAACAAAUGGAUCCCAUACGUUCCGGGGUUUAAGGUGACCUCUCCGAAGCCCAGGGGAAAUGAUUUUCAGACUGGGUGUGAUGCUAUUGACUCUAUGACUAAGAGGUAG